UACAGACGUACCAACAAUCAGAUACUCUACCAAAUUUUUCGGAUUUGGCAGCACUCUUCCCUUCUAUUUUUCUUUCCGUUCUGCAUAUCAGAAACGUCAAGAUGGCUGAGGUCGAUGAAACUCUCAAGAAGAAGCGUACUUUCAAAAAGUUCACCUACCGUGGUGUGGACCUCGACCAGUUGUUGGAUAUGCCCAACAACCAGUUGGUUGAACUGAUGCACAGUCGUGCUCGCAGGCGUUUCUCCCGCGGCUUGAAGCGUAAGCCAAUGGCAUUGAUCAAGAAAUUGCGUAAGGCCAAGAAAGAAGCUCCACCAAAUGAGAAACCAGAAAUUGUAAAGACUCAUUUGAGAAAUAUGAUCAUUGUUCCCGAAAUGACUGGUUCCAUCAUCGGAGUUUACAAUGGUAAAGACUUCACUCAGGUUGAAAUCAAGCCUGAGAUGAUUGGUCACUACUUGGGAGAAUUCUCGUUGACAUACAAACCUGUUAAGCACGGUAGACCCGGUAUUGGUGCCACUCACAGCUCCAGGUUUAUUCCACUUAAGUAAAUCCAAGAAAAUGGACAAGAAACAACUUUCUGCAAUGCAUAUUGCAUUGUGCUGUUACUAAACGCUUGGCCGUUGUAAAUUAUAGAAAUAAAAGGAGUCUACGUUUUUUAAGGAUUGACAAAAAUCUAA